AUGAGAGUUCAAAAAGAAUCGGCGAUCAGGGCCGCAUGGUCGUCACGUCUUGACGUAGUUGAAGUCAUCUGCACGUUUGAGAGAGAUGGCCGAGUGUUCUAUGGCGUAAUCUCAGAGAUUCCUCAGAUCCUUGUGUGGGAUUGGCCAGAUGAUCGCCAACUUCUAUGGGUCUUUGACGAUGGAGAUGGCAUCAGAGUAUGGCAAGAAUGUUUUGAGCGACCUAGACCGAGCAACCCUGCUUGGGCGUCACGUCUUCAGUCUAUUGUGGGUUGUUGUGAAAGCGAUGGCGGCAAUGUCUGUUACGCCGUCAAAUGGGACGGUUACGCAUGUCCCACGUGGGAAGCAGAAGAAGACAUGUCAAAGUAUGGCCACCUGCUGGCGGAGCAUGAUCAGGCUUGCAAGUGCAGGCAAAGGUUGUGA